ACCGCACAUCUAACGAUAUCGCCGCCACCAUAUCUCGAAAAUACAAUCUCUACAGCAAUUCAAUUUAUCUCUUGUCCUUAUUUAUCUGACCAAUCCAAGCCUCCUAUCAAAUCAUGAGUGCUGCAUCCGCCCCCGUCUGCCCAGUAGUUGGCACAACCACGACCCUUCUCCCCCCCAACCACCCCGAAUACAACACAGAGGACCCUGAAGCCAGCUGCCCCGUAACAAAGGCCAAGGUCAGCCACCAUGGCGCCAACGUAAUUGUGCGUCACCCCGAUGCCUCGUCUGUGUCAAAGUCCAGCGCCGAAGGCAUGGACGCUACCGCUUGUCCUGCCCUCAAGAAUGCCAACAAGGGCGACGGCCUGACAAACGCUACUUGUCCCGUUGUUGGUCCUGUCUCGGCUGUCCUCCCUCCUUCGCAUCCUGCUGUCGAUGCUGCUGAUGCCGCCAAGGUCUGCCCUGUCACAAACGCCACGCUGGAGCAUCACAAGAACAAGGUUCAUGUCCACCCCGCCGUUGCGUCUGAUGCUUCUGCCAAGAGCUGCCCUGUUGCGGGCAACAUCUCCAACUAAAGAGGUGGUGCAGUUCUUUUGAAAUCCUUAUUUUGUCACACGUUUAAGAUAGGUCUGUGCUUGCACUAGUAACGGAAUAUGGAAACCAGGGAACAACGUUACAUAGUAUAUGAAUUGUACGAGAUAAAGAGAAUCUACUUUGGAAAAUGUUGCCUAAAAGGGUCACUACUUUCGUGGCGCCUAACAUCAAAGUGUUUACUACAGACAAGAUGCGUCUAU